AUGUCAAUCUACUUGAUUGAACGAUUGAAUGCAAGUCCACUCAUCAAGUACGAGCCCGAUGAUGAUUGUCUCAUUCAGGCUCUCAAGUCUGGCGACAAGGACAUGAUAGAACACUGCUUCACGGAGCUCUCGGAGAGAACACUGAACUAUAGACUUGAGUCCGCUUUUAGGGAGGCCAUGGAACUUGGUAAUGUGAGCAUUGCCAGGAGGCUGAUGGCAUUAUGGCCAAAAAUGAAUGUCACUGGUUCUCACAUCGUCUUAUUGCUCGAGUCGCUAGGUCGACAUGCCAGUGAGGUUACCGAGUCCACCAUUAUCGAGAUUCUCAUAUUAGUGCCAGAACCUUCAUAUAAUGAAGCAGAUAUUAUUCGGGCAGCAUCAAACAUCUCCCUGUCCAUGAUCAAGUUGGUGGUCGAUCACUUCAACUCAAUGCCAAAGAAUGAUGUUGACAGAAUGAAGGCCACAGACUUUAGAAAAUCGAUUGAUUUGUGUGCCAAGCGAUGCGAUGUCCAAUCGAUUGACUAUCUGAUCGAUGUGGCAAUCAAUGUCGAUGGCAAGAAUCCACCAGCUAAUAUUGGAAGCGGCUCAGUUCGCGUUACUAGAGUCAGAUAUGGAUGGGAUCAACACCGGAUACAUGAUAUCAUCACAUUGGAUGUGAUCACCAACUCGUCAGUGUUGACAUAUUUCAUGGACAAAGGAUACAUCAAUGUUAGUGACGACAAUGACAAGUUCAACAGCAAUGCAUUGUACACCAUUGUCAACAAAGCAUGUGUCAAGAUGUCUUCCAUCAAUGUCCAGUAUCAACAAAGCAGUGAGCAACAACCAUCACAGAAUGAUCUGUUAUAUGUUUGA